GACUGCCGAUUCAUCUUCAAACGGCCAUACCCCGUGGAGAGGCUGAACAGCAUCGGCACCUAACACUCUUUUCGCAAAGGCUUUCCGAGGACUGACACCCCGCACAAGAGAGUUAUCCGAUGCAUCCCCCAGGCGUGCUAGGGCCCCCAACUCUCCACCUCGUCAUUGGUUGCGUUCGAUCUACGAGGUUGACAUCGUUCAUGAUGACUCCGUACCAUACCGGCAUGUCUCGUCGGCAUGCGAGUGUAUAGGUUGGGAAAGUUUCGGCACCGAUUAAUAGCUGGCAAGAUCCGCUGAGCCGGCGCUCUGGAGGUCACUUUCGCUUGCACGACUCAAUCUGUAUUCGACUUUCCAUAUCACAGACAUCAAAUACCUUCAAUAUGGACGCCAGUACCGCAAACCCUUUUGCAGCCAGGCCCUCAUCUCCAUCUGGCACAAUACUCCGUUACGUGUUCUGGGCCGUUGGUAUCUACUGCGCAACGCAGAUAGUCUUGUUCCUGUACCGAGUUCUCACCUCACCUCUUUGCUCGGUGCCUGGCCCGUUUCUUGCUCGCUUCGGGCGGAUAUAUUACUUUGUCAAAUGUGCUCUUGGCCGCUGGGAACACGACGAUCUUCAAUUGCACCGCGAGUACGGCCCAGUCGUACGCGUAGGAGCAGACCUGUACAGCAUCGACUCGCCCGAGAUCGUCAAGAAGGUCUAUGGCAUCGGUUCGAAGUUCCCGAAGUCGGAUUGGUAUGAUGCAUGGAGAUCCCCAGAACCACACCGUUGGACACUGUUUCCUGUUAAAGACAUGAAGUUGCACGCCGAAACCCGCAAACGAUCUCAAAGCUUGUAUUCAAUGUCGAGCUUAGUAAGCUAUGAAGGCUACGUCGAUGAGUGCGCUGCCAUCUUCAGGAAGAGAUUGUCCGAGUUUGCGGCAUCGGGCCAGACGAUUGACAUGGGUCACUGGUUCCAGUGUUAUGCCUUUGAUGUCAUCGGAAAUAUCACCUAUUCUCAGCGCUUCGGCUUUUUGGACAAUGGAGAAGAUAUUGCCGGAUUGUUGAAGGCCUUGCAUGGCGUUCUGAGGUAUGGAGCCCUAGUGGGCGUGUAUGCUCGAUGGCAUCCUCUCCUCUACAACCUGACCAGCCGACUUGGAAUGGGUGGCGCCUCAGGCCGCAAUUACCUGAUGAAGUAUGUGGGACAGAGGAUUGAGCAGAGGAAAGGGGAGAGAACAUCCGGUAAAGGCAUGGAGAAAACAGGGGAAGAAGACGAGAAUGCACCCAUGGACUUCCUCGAGAAAUUGAUGGUGGCGAACCAGGCAGAUCCCGAGAAAGUCACGCCCUAUCAUGUCUUUAUGAUGGGCAUGUCCAACAUCGUUGCCGGGUCGGAUACUACGGCGGUCAGCCUCUCGUCCAUCUUGUACAAUCUAGUGAAGUACCCCGACACAUUGCGAAAGCUUCGAGCCGAGAUUAGCGAGUUCGAAAAGCAAGGACGCUGUGGCAAUCCUGACGUGUCGUUCAAGGAAAGCCAGGAGAUGCCUUAUCUUCAAGCCGUCAUGAAGGAGGCUCUCCGUAUGCAUCCGGCGACGGGGUUUCCAUUGUGGAGGGAUGUGCCUGAAGGAGGUGUUGAGAUUUGUGGCCAUUAUUUUCCUGAAGGAACGACAGUCGGUAUUAACACGUGGUGCGCCCAUUACAACGAGGAUGUCUUUGGGCCAGAUGCCAAAGUGUUUCGACCGGAGAGAUGGAUUGAAGCUGAGCAAGAAGGCGGUGAAAGGCUCAAAGAUAUGGACGCAUACUAUAUGCCGUUUGGUCUAGGAUCAAGGACAUGUAUAGGUCGGCAUAUUUCGUUCCUGGAAAUGUCGAAGUUGAUUCCGCAAAUAGUUCGCAAAUUCGACUUCGAACUCGAGCACCCAGAUCGGCCAUGGAGCACAGAAAACGUCUGGUUCGUUAUACCUACUGAUUUUCGACUGAAAGUCAAGGUUCGACAGGAAUAACAGAAGCUAUCAUGGGUCCUAGAAUAUACUCCUGGUUCAGAUCGGAACAUGUUCAUAUACUCCAGGCCUCGUACGGGGGUGCUGAGAUAGGCAUGGUCUAUAUGCAUGUUGGUGAUUAUGCAUAUGAAUCACCAAGCCACCUUUGCCCGAAUUAGCACA